AUGACAACCCACAAAGCCCUCCUCCUCUCCUCCCUCACCACCCCCAUCUCUCUCCAAACCGUCCCCACCCCGUCCGCAACCCCCGGCUCCGCCACCCUCCGCGUCCUCGCCGCCGGCCUCCAAUCCUACGCUCGCGCCAUCUUCACCGGCGCCCUCCCUUACGCCCUCGCCCUCCCCCAAGUCCCCGGCGCCAGCUGCGUCGCCCGCGUCCUCGAAGUCGGCCCGGACGCCACGGCCCUCUUGCCGGGCCAGCUCGUGUGGGUCGACGCCACCAUCACCGCGCGCGAUGACGCGGACUGCAACUUCCUGCUCGGCCUGCACGGCGGCGUGAGCGCGGGCAGCCAGAAGCUGAUGCGCGAGAGCUGGCGGGACGGGUGCUACGCUGAGAUCGUGAAAGCGCCGCUCGAAAACUGCUAUCCCCUAGACGAGGCGCUGCUCACACGGUAUGGGGUGGAAGAGCUGGCGGGGCUGUCGACGGUGCUGGUGCCGUUCGGGGGCUUGGAGGAGGCCGGGGUUGGCGCGGGGACGACGGUGAUUGUGGCGCCGGCAACGGGGAAGUUCUCCGGGGGCGCGGUGUUGGUUGCGCUGGCGAUGGGGGCGCGGGUGGUGGCGGCGGGGCGGAGUGCGGAGGGGUUGGAGAAGUUGAAGAGUUUCCCGGGGGCGGCGGAGAGGUUGGUGAGUGUGAGGCUUGUGAGUGAUGUGGAAGAGGAUGCAAAGGCGUUGUUUGCGGCGACGGGGGGGAAGGGGGCGAAGGUUUAUAUGGAUUUGUCGCCGCCGGCUGCGGGGAGGGAUGGGACGCCGACGCAUGUUACGGCGUGUUUAGGGGCGUUAAAGAGGGGUGGGACGGCGCUGUUUAUGGGAGGGAUUCAGCGGGGUGUGGAGGUCCCGUAUGGGUUGAUGAUGUUUAGGAAUUUGACGGUGAAAGGGAAGUUCAUGUAUGAGCGCACGCAGGCGGAGAGGUUGAUCAAGAUGGUAGAGUUUGGGAAUUUGACGAUGGGAAAGGCGAGUGGGAUGACAGUAGCGGGUACGUUCGGGCUUGAAGAGAUUGAGGAGGCUUUAGACUUCGCGACUGAGAGGACUGGGUGGGGAGGGGACGUUGUGCUAGUGCCGAAUGCUUAGGUAGUGGGACUGUAGUCAAGCUUGAAGCUUAAGAAUCUGAC